GUUGUCCUGCGGACAGAUACUCCCACCUGAGCUGUGGAUUUCUUCAGCUCCUCCAAAGUGACCAUGGGACCAAGCGAUUCUCUGUCAGUUUGGGUGAAAGGCCAUGUCUUGAUAGUCCUGCUGCUCCUUACCACAAUGUCUGUCCUCCUCACGGGCUGUGUUUGAUACGAGUCUGCUGCUGCUGCUGUCUCUGAAUAUGGACUGAGACCCACAGUGCGGGACAGUGCUGAGCGUGGGAUGGCCUCUAAACUGCUGGACAGAUUUCGCCGCACACUAUUCAAAGAAGGAGACCUCCCUGCAGAUGGAAAUGGAGAUGGAACAGAUGAUUUUCCAGAAAGCUCUGAACUCGAGGACGACACAGACUAUGUGUCGGCCAAGCUCGGUGGAACGCUCUGUUUUGAAGGGGAUGCCGUCCUGGACUCUGAAGAUGCAGGCGAGGCGUCCGGACCGGACAGUGAUUCAGACUUUUUUGGGGAGUCCUUAGAUAAUCCAUGCAGUAGCACAGACAUAAGCCCGACCAGCCCUACCCUGAAGGGUUCAAACAUGCUCACCAGACAGCUUCAGGAGAGCUGGAGAAGCCUGCGACCUCGCUGUGUUUCUGAGAAAGUUAUUUUUGAAGUGACUGAUGCCAGCGUAGUACAAGAAGGAAGCUCCAAAUAUGUGCUCUAUACCCUUCAUGUCAUUCACUCCGGCACCUUCGACAAAACUCCAGCAAUCAUUACACGUCGCUACACUGACUUCGAACGGCUGCAUGGGCGCUUGCGGCGAUGCUACAGUGACGGGAUGGAGGGCGUCCACUUUCCGCGCAAAAAGCUACGCAGAAAUUUUGCUGCCGAGACCAUCGCCAAGCGCAGCCGUGCUUUCGAGCAGUACCUGAGUCACCUACAUUCCCUGCCUGAGCUGCGGGUUGCACCCACCUUCCUAGAGUUCUUCUACCUGGGCGACCUGCGUGCUGGCCAGAUGCUGCUACGUGUGGGACGUUACCAGGAAGCUGUGGGGGUUCUGCUCAAUGCCCUAAGGCUCCAGGAGAAACUGGGCUGCCAGCAGGUGCUCCAACAUCUGCCGCUGCAGAAGGCUCACUGGUUCUUCACCCUGGCCUCACUGGUCAGCUGCUUUCAGGAUUUAGAACGUCCGAACGAGGCACAAGAGCACUGUGACCGUGCCCUGCAGGACCUAGCACCCUCCCCAGAGGCUCUGAAGCAGCAGCCACCGCCUCCGCAGCUGCACCCGCUGCUGGUGCCGCUGCUGCAGGCCAAUGUCCGGCUGUCCUGGAAGAUCUCCAAGGACAAGCGGCGCUGGGAAGCCCUCCUGCAGGACAUCCAGGAGCUUGGGGUCGACUUGGGGAGUCAGCCUAAUCUUAAAGAGUGUCUCGUGAAGCAGAACCUGAGGGAUAGUGAGGGAGAUACCAAGUCAAAGAGCAAAGGAGAGGACACAUAGUUAGGGCUUAGGACAACUUGAUUCACUUGCUCAAACACACUGAGUAAACCUAGGAAUUAAAGGGAUACGAUAGUGUUUUUCAACUUAAUCUUUUACUGCUGCUUAUGUAGCGCAUGGCUGACACCAUAAUUAGGAACAAAUAAACCUAAGCCUGCCACCAUAGACAUUCUCUGGGGGGAUGUUUCUUGCCACUAGUAUAGUAUAGUAAAUACAGUAGCAUAAUGAUGCAUUUAAACACUAAUUUUAAAGACAAGUAAAUGUUUUUUUAUUAUUAAGAAUAUUUAGACAUUUAUACUAUUUAAGUGUUGUACAAAAAUACAACCAAAAUAUAUUUAUUUAGCAAAGAUAAACUCCAUUAGUAAAUAAAAUCGAAAGAAUUGAGGUCCAAAAAAAUAUUGUGGUUAUGUCCGUAUAUUGUAUGAUAAGUGGAUAGCAUUGUGACAGACCUGGAUAAACCUGUUUACCUACAACACACUUUAGCAUUGUUAAUCAAUAUUGUGCAUCUCAAAUUUCUAUUUUUAUAACAUAUUUUAUAAUAAUUACACCUAUAUAAAUAUUCCAGAAAUAUUUUCAAGUACAGUUUUUAAGGUUACAUGGUUUACAGGACAGUGACUACCUUAAAUUGUAAUCAAAAUGAAUGACAAUCUAUCACAUGCUACAGAUGCAUCAGAUAUAAAAUAGGUUGCAAAACACUUGAAUAUUCCUUAAAUAAUGAAAUAAUAAACUGUGUUUUGAGCAAGGAAGUUACCAAGCUCUGUUGAACUCUAAUCCUGCGCAACCAGAACUGAUGAUCCCUUUUAUAGACUCUAGCAUUCUAGCUGUUGCAUUAUUCUGAGGCAGAAUAAGGGAUUCUGUUAUAGUGCUGUUUAUAUAUUGGAGAAACCUGUGGAAUUUAUACUAACCCACUGAAUUUAUGCUUAAUUUGCAGAGAACAAUCACAGUAGUCAGUGACUGUACUGUAUAAUCACCAGCAUUUUUCAGGAUUUCAAUGCCGUGUUUUGCACAAAAUGAGAGAACUUGUGUCUGAAUGAUAUGUAAAUAGCACUACACCUACAACUAAGUUUAUAGUUUUAUAGAAACCAUGCAACUGGUUGUAUAUGCUAAAUGCACAAAGCACAGCCUUAUUACAGAACUAUUUUUAUAGACGAUUUAGAAUUAUUUUCAUUGUACCCCAAAAAUGUUUAUUAUGAAAAUAAUGCAAGAUAUAAUUUUAGAAAUAGUGUAUUUGUAUUGCUAAACAGUGGAUGGGGAUGGGGUAGUUUAGAGAAGUUUCAUGUAUUUUAACUGGCAGUUAGUAAUGGUUUCAGUCAUUUCUGUGUAAAAGCUCAUGCUCAGUUUAGGGCUGCACAAUAUUGAAAAAACAAAAACAGAUUAAAUUUUUAAUAUUUAGUUGUUUUGCAAUAUAUGUGAAUUUUCACAAAUUUUUUCUAGAAGUCAGUGGUCCAACUUGUCAUGAUUUUAGCAAUACUCUCUAUAUAUAGCAAAGUAUGGAGUAAAAUAAAUGAUAUUUGGCAGAUAUAACCUGCUACUGGGCAGUAUAAAUAGAAAAUGGAAACAGUGGGCCUUUUUCAGUUUAUCAAGUUGUUACAUGAUAUAAUGCACCUUAUAUGAUAUUGCACAUCCUGUGAGGUGACUAUUGCACAUGUGCAUAUUGCAGUGGCUAUGCUAAAAUGAUAUAUUGUGCAGCCUUUAUUCAGGUGUAGGUCCCACAUUACAAAACAAAUCGGAGCCUUUUUCUUUUUUUGCUGCUACAUCUUUUAUAGUUUUAUUUUAUUUUCCAAAAUGACUUGAGCGUGUUGUGUACUUAUUUAUUAUUUAGGAAAAUUAGGGAAUAUAUUGUGGCAUAAAGUAUUCAAGCCUUACUUAAAGCCUGCCUGUCCUUAUAAAAAAUAUUUUUUGUUCCUUUUAACAUAACAUUCCUCUGACAAUCUGUAACAAAACCAUGAAUUCUUUCCCAAACCUUAUAGGUUUUCAUGCAGCUAAAUUACCACUAACUGUAAAUGUGGGUUUGCCUGCCUGUUUUAUGCUUUGUAGCUUCUUAGCUUUUAUUAUUUUUUUUAACUGGCACAUUUCAUAGCAUUUCUUGCAUUAUGUCACUACAGGUCAGCAAACAUUUCAACAUUUGAAAAUAUGCAUUAAAACAUUGUCACCACCUUAAGUUUUGAAAUUACUUGGUUCUGAAUGUUCUGUAGUUUUUGUUUUUCGUGUGUGUUUGUGUAUAAAAGUUUCACCCCAUUUCACUUGAGCACUUCAAGCACUCGUUUUAUUUUAAACACUCAGGUUUACGUCAGACAUCUGAAAUUUUGUAUCUUUUACAAAUGCUGCGUAUGUUUUUCUGAGCGUGUUUUGAUUGAAAUAAAAUACAUUAUUAUCUA